AUGGCCAUCAAAUUUUUGUAUCACUUUGUCAUCGCUACUCUCAGCACCGCGACGGUCGCUGUCAAUGCUCAGACAUUUGCACCGCUCCGGUUUGCAGGUGUGAAUAUUGCAGGUUUUGACUUCGGUUGUGGUAUAGAUGGCACCUGCAUCAUCUCACAGACUGUUCCCCCUGUCUACCAACUGUCCGGCGUUGAUGGUUUGGGUCAAAUGCAACACUUUGUCCAGAAUGAUGGCUACAAUGUUUUCCGUCUCCCUGUUGGCUGGCAGUACCUCACGUACAACCAGAUGACUGGUGUCUUGAAUGAGACUCAGUUUGCCAACUAUAACAUGCUGGUGUCUGACUGCCUGAGCACUGGCGCUCUCUGUGAGAUUGAUAUCCACAACUACGCCAGGUACGACGGAGAGAUAAUCGGACAAGGUGGCCCGAGCAACGAAAUCUUCGCUGAGCUCUGGUACAACAUUGCCUCGUACUGGAAGAAUGAACCGAACGUCAUCUUUGGGGUUAUGAAUGAACCUCAUGAUAUCCCAGUGAGUCACUCGCAAAAUUCUCCAAGAGACGAUGUUAACGUUGCCGAACGUAGGACAUCUACACUUGGGCAGAGUCUGUUCAGGUAUGCGCUCUUUGUUCCCAGACUUCAAAUAUUGCUCAUAAUUCUGGGGAAUAAGUGCGCGGUCACGGCCAUUCGGGAAACUGGUGCUACCACCCAGAUGAUUCUCCUCCCCGGCAACAACUAUACCUCUGCGCAGACUUUCGUUUCCAGCGGUUCUGCUGAGGCCCUUGGCAUGGUGCGCAACCCCGACGGCACAAUCACCAACCUCAUUAUGGAUGUCCACAAGUACCUCGACUACGACAACUCUGGCACCCACGCUCCAUGCGUGACCAACAACAUCGAAGACGCAUGGUACCCUCUGUCCACCUGGCUCCGUGAAAAUGGCCGUCAGGCCCUCAAUACUGAGACUGGUGGUGGGAACGUCGACUCUUGUGUUGGCUACAUAUCACAGCAGAUUGGCUACCAGGCUGCUAACUCUGAUGUCAUCCUUGGCUACCUUGGCUGGUCAGCUGGCUCCUUCGCCGCAGACUAUGUACUGUCCCAGGUGCCCUACUACAACGGCACUGGCUGGAAUGACACACUCUUGGUCUCGAUGGCCAUGUCGCCCAUGACCAACAUGCUCGUUGCAUCCGUUGCAUGA